AAUGCUGCCCUUUCACAUCGCGAUGAGCCCGGGCACAGCCGCUGUGGUCUUUGGAAGAAGACAGCAGGAGAAUAACUGUUGUGUGCUGUGAUUUUUUGGAGAGAGAAAAAGAUUAUUAAUAUGAUUACUGUCACCGCUUGAAGAAAGAAGACCGGGGGAAGAUUCUUGGGGUGUGCUUUUUUUCUUGCUGUUGCUUGGAAUUUUUUUUUGUAUUAAAAAAAAAAAAGCCAAAGGAGGAACGUGUGGAAGAACCGCAUGCGGGGAGAUGCUUUGAAUUGUGCUUCUGUUUCCAAGGAUUAAAGGAUGAAUAGGCGCUGCUGCGAUGGAGAGAGAAGGCGAUUCAGGCUCCCAGAAUAAGGCCUCUGUCCAAAUGGGACCCUGAAGUCCUCCUCGCUGGUGGCUCCCGCGAUAUUGCCCAGAGGAACGUCCCCCGCUUGCAGCGGCCUGUCCUUCCUCCUCCUCUUCCUCCUCCUCUGGCAGCAGCUGUCCCUGCAAACCUGCUUGUGCAAUGGGUGGGUUGUGAGUACUGGUAAUGAGGAGCUGUGGGUCCCUUCAGCCUUGGAGAUGCCGAAGCGUCGAGACAUCCUGGCUAUCGUGCUGAUAGUUCUUCCCUGGACACUGCUCAUCACCGUGUGGCACCAAAGCACCAUUGCUCCGCUGCUUGCCGUGCACAAGGAAGAUGGUGGAGAUGCUCGUCGCGACUUCGUCCAAGGAUCAGACUCCAAGGAGUACUGCCUGUCCGACCGCGACAUCGUGGAGGUAGUUAGGACAGAGUAUGUCUACACCCGACCACCUCCCUGGUCGGACGCCUUGCCCACCAUCCAUGUCGUCACGCCCACCUACAGCCGGCCGGUCCAGAAGGCGGAGCUGACACGGUUGGCCAACACUUUUUUGCACGUGAUGAACUUGCACUGGAUCCUAGUGGAGGACUCUCAGCGGAGGACCCCUCUCGUUACCCGGCUCCUGAGGGACACUGGGUUGAACUACACCCACCUCAAUGUGGAAACCCCACGCAACUACAAGCUGAGGGGGGAUAUGAGGGACCCCCGCAUCCCCCGGGGGACAAUGCAGAGGAACCUGGCCCUACGGUGGCUGAGAGAGACCUUUAACAGGAACAACAGCCAGCCGGGGAUUGUUUACUUUGCGGAUGAUGAUAACACCUACAGCCUGGAACUCUUUGAGGAGAUGCGGACUACCAGGAAAGUGUCGGUCUGGCCGGUUGCCUUUGUGGGCGGCUUGCGCUACGAGUCGCCCAAAGUGAAUGCUGCCGGGAAGGUCUACGGGUGGAAGACUGUAUUUGACCCUCACCGGCCUUUCGCCAUUGACAUGGCAGGCUUUGCUGUGAACCUCAGGCUCAUCCUCCAGCGACCUCAGGCUUACUUCAAACUGCGAGGAGUGAAGGGCGGAUACCAAGAGAGUAGCUUGCUACGGGAGCUGGUGACCCUGAACGACCUCGAGCCAAAAGCUGCCAAUUGCACUAAGAUCCUUGUCUGGCACACAAGGACGGAGAAACCCGUGCUGGUGAACGAGGGGAAAAAAGGCUUCACAGAUCCAAACGUGGAAAUCUGACGUUGUGUUGCAAAAAGAGAGAAAACAAAUAGCAGGUAUCAUUUUUAGAAUUCCUACAUUCACAUCAAUAUGGUCACAAACCAUUAGCUGU